CACAACAGCACACGCAGGAAACACCGAGUCACAAUCAACCCAGCAAGGAAAGAGCUCAAGGCAAAGGGUUAUUUUUCUCCAAGAAACAGUGUGGAGCAGAGUCAGAGAAGGACUUUGAUCCUCAGGGGUAGACUUGCUGAAGCCCAGCUCUGUGCAGACGUUAGGAGGAGAGGAGGAGUAUAAAAUCCAAGCCCAUUCCAGUGAGUCUUUUUCCUUCAACCUUUUCCUUGGAAGGAUGCAGCCUCAAGACACAGGUGUUCAGUACAGCAGGUGGAAUGACAAUAGUCGUGAUGAAGUCAGUGUGAACACAUCCACUGCUGAGGUGUCGGGAUGUAAAAGAAUCUACACUAAGCUGUGCACUGGGAAAAUCGGCAUUGCAGUUAAAGUGGUUGGAGGAAACAUCCUCUUUUGGACGGUUUUUGUCAUUGGCUACGUGACAGGUUACUAUGUGCACAAGUGCAAGUAGAAGGAACAGUGAAAUUCACCGGCAGGACCCCAGGCCUGGAUUUCUCUGGUGCGGUAAUCCCAAACCUCCUUGUCCAGUUCCCACCCCCAAUCAGGCAAGUCACCAAGCAUGCAUGCAAGAUGCAGGAAUCUUCACUAUGUGUCAGAUGAGCACGCAAAAAGAACCAUCAGCAUCAGGGAGGUGCACAAAGCCAGUGCUGGAUGCAGCACGUCUUGCUGCCUACGAGAGAACCGAUCGUACAGUCGCAGCUGAAGGCUCAACAAAGGCAAAGGGGGAACUAGAAAGGGACGUGCUCUCCCUCAUGAAUCAGCAAAAUGUGCUGUUUCCAAAACCUGUCACUGCUGCCAAAAUGCCCUGUAUUGCAAUGAGAACUCCUCCCUGGUCCUGCGGUUUCCAUCCUUACCCCUUAUGACACCCCCAUCAGCAGGGGAUCUGGGUACCGGUUUUGCAUGGGCAUGUUUUCUAUGAGCUUCUUAAUGGCACCUGCAUACCUCCUGGAACAUCCAUAUGCAUGUGAAAACACCUCCAUUUUGUGAGCACGUAACAGGUAGCUGUGUGAGCAAACCUGUCACUGGGCACCCAACCCGUUUGUGCACCUGAUUGCACGUGCAGGAGACUUUAAUCCAAAUUCCUUAGCAGUCACUGGAGCCCUUUGUUGAUCGCUGGGUCGACACACAUACGCUUCUAUUUGACUAUGAAUUUUCCAGGAGCAAGGUGCUGCUCCCUUACGUUUGGGAUCUUUCUCUUUUCAAGCCCUUAUUUCUAGCCUACACUUUACUAGAGGCUGCGAGUGCAGUGCCUGGAUUCACAGGAUUUGCUGAACCAACCUUUGAAACUUCUUUAUGCUCUAUCAGUCACGUCAGCCAGGAAGAUUAAAGGCUUUUGCACACAACCCCUCUACUAACUCUUCAGGAAGGCUGCAUGCCAGCUUCCAGCGUAGCUGGGUUCAUUAUAAACCAGUGUGAUGGGAACCUUUAUUUUAAUCAUAACCUCACUGGCUUCCCCCUGCAAAGGAACCGGUUGCUCUUUAUAAUCAUGUUAAUGUUUCCUUUAGAAAACUCUCUUCCAGACCAGGGCUCUCCCACAGAUUUUCAAACUGUGCAGCAGGCAUGUAAAGCUCUGCAUAUUUCUGCAACAAAGUCAAAUUGUUUUAAGCAAUAAAAAGGAGAUUUAAAGCCAACAGGCUGCCCAUGUCUCUGAUCAGUGCUGGAAUAUGUGUCUCAAUGGAAAGGCAUAUACAGGGGAGACUACUGAAGUGUAUCUUGCUGUCUUAGACUAAUUUCCUGUGAACUGCAGCUUGAAUAGGAAAGGUCAGGGAACUCUACUCUUGGAGCUCCCUGGGACUGUACAUUAUGUAUUUGGGGUUCAACUAAUUGAAGGUCCAGGGCUCCCCGUAAAGAGUCUGGGUGGGAUCCAAAUUCCAACCCCACCCCACUCAAGGCAGAAAGAUUUGAGCUCAUGCCUCUUCUAAACAAUCCUGACAAGAAUAAUUCACCCCAUCUGAGCACAACCCCAAUUCCGAUCCUCCAGGCAGGCCCUGCUGGUAGAUCUUAUCUAAGAUGUGCAUUAACGCUUUCCCAGGCACGAGGUGCAUGCAUGCAGCCUGGCCUGACACAACUAAGCAAAGGGGAGAGACUGAUGCAGUUAUUUCAGGGAUUUAGUACAAGCCUGGUGCAUUAGCCAAAGUUAUGCAGAUUCUGUUCUCUUUCCCCCACUCAAGGCUGUUUGCAAACAAAAUGGUGGUAGGCCGUUGUUCUCUUCAUGUCAUUUUCAUCAGCAUAUCCCUCUCUUCUUCCCCCAGGAGGCAGGGUUCCCUCAGGCACAUGCUGCCUUUCCUAACUUCUGCUUCCUUCCUUCAUUCCCCACUGGACCACAGCCCAUGCAAUGGAGCCUUUCGACAGGAUGCUUGUAAGAGCAAAGAUGCUGAGUCAACCCAGAUCUGUGCUGUGGAAGGUCACACAAGGGAGAGGAAAAGCAUUUGAGCAAUGCUGUCAGCAGUAUCUAUUGCUCUGGAUGGACUGGCCCAAGAUGCAUCUGUGGAAGAGACAGGCCAGCCCCCACAUCGAACAGUCAGAGAAGCCACAUUAGAUAGCACAAACUGUAAACUAAAGCAGCACUGAGUAUUUUAUUUA